GUUUUGCUUCGUCUGAGGGCGACCGACCAAAGAGAUUAGGGAAUGUAGUACUACUACACAUAUAUUCUGAUCAAACGAUCGUAAAUUCUAAUGACAGGCUUAGUCCAAGUCGGCAAUAGAAAACGGGACCCACUACAGAGCAUUUUAAUUCAUUCAUAAAAGCUUUGCUACGGUUGAGUCAUUCCUGUUUACGCCGCGCAUACUGAAAAUAUGACUUGGAUGUAUUAAUUUCAGUCUGGAAUAUCAAAGGACAUGUUGUGAAGCUGGACGAAUUUGGCCCCAGGCUGAGGAGUAUCCUUACGGUAGGAAAUAGUUCUUCGACAUGUCUCAAACCAGGGAAACGGUCACUGAGAAGAGGACGGUGAUCAAGUCAUCUUCAGGGUCCCAUGGAGGGUACGAUUUGAAACCCUCUUUAGAUGAACAUUCGGACAUUAGCUUUAAGUCCAGCAUCACCCCGCGCCGAAGCAAUGUUAUCCAUAGGUCCUCAACAGGCCCCGGAAUUAGACAGAGCUUGGGAGGAACCAGUGGGGGUACUUCGUAUGUGAGGACCGUAGAAUACGGGUAUGGAUCUAAAAUGGAUUCCGGGUUGGGACCAGGGGGAUAUGAGAAGGUAUCCUCAACUGGGGUGUCCACGGUGAAAAACAGCCGUGAAAGGGAAAAGAAAGACAUGCAGGAACUGAACGAGAGAUUCGCUAACUACAUCGAAAAAGUGAGGUUCUUGGAAGCCCAGAACAGAAAGUUAGCAUCGGAGCUGGAGACGCUGAGAGACAAAUGGGGACAAGAAACAAGUGCUGUGAAACAAAUGUAUGAGUCGGAGUUAUCUGAGGCCAGGAAACUUAUUGACGACCUUACCCGCGAAAAGACCAAUCUAGAGAUCAAGAACCAGAGCCUGCAAGAACAGAUGCAGGACAUGCAAAGACAGUUGGAUGAUGCCAAGAGGUACCGCAACCAAGACAGGGACACAAUCGCCAGACUGAACCAACAAGUAUCUGAUCUGGAGGCGGAAGUGAACCUCCUCCGUCGUACCGUGGACUCCUUGGAAACCGACAGAAACCGAGACCGUGACAGAAUCAAGAGUCUGGAGGCCGAGGUCGACCGCCUUAGACUGGACCUGAACAACGAAACACUGGCCCACUUGGACGCUGAGAACAGAAGACAGACCCUUGAAGAAGAGAUCGAAUUCUUGAAAAAGGUCCACGAACAGGAACUGAAGGAGUUAGCCGCCCUUGCUUAUCGUGACACAACGGAAGAGAACCGCGAAUUCUGGAAAUCCGAACUUUCUCAGGCCAUCCGUGACAUCCAGAAAGAGUAUGAUUCCAAGGUGGACCAGAUCAGAGGAGAUAUGGAGGGCUUCUACAAUCUCAAGAUUCAAGAAUUCCGCACUGGAGCCACCAAACAGAACAUGGAGGUAACCCACAUCAAGGAGGAGAACAAGAAACUAUUGAAACAGAUUUCAGACCAGAAGGGAAGACUGGCAGAUCUUGAAGCAAGAAACGCCUUGCUAGAGAAACAAUACCAAGACCUCCUGCGUGAAUAUGAAACAAUUGAAUCUGAACACACUAUUGAGACUACCAGACUUAAGGAAGAAAUCACUAGCCUUAGAACUGAGAUGGAAGGUAUCCUACAAGAAUUACAGACUAUUAUGGAUCACAAAUUGUCCUUGGAGCUGGAGAUUGCUGCCUACAGAAAACUACUGGAAUCAGAAGAAAGCCGAUACGUACGUGGUAUAGUUGCAAGUGUUGCUGGAUUUCGCAAUGCUGCAUGGCGAAAUCAGAGAAUGCAACCUAACACUUACACAGAUCCCGAACCCGACGAGGAACCACAGGGUCUUCCUGAACCCAAACCUGUCCCUGAACCUAAACCAGACAUAGAUGACGAUAGAGCAGAAAGAGACAUAACUCCUGAUGAAGAAUAUAAACCAAUGGUGGAGGAAACUCCAGUCGUAGAGCAAACUGAACAGUCUACAACAGAAGAGUCAAAACCAUCAGAAGAAGAAGCUGUGAAGAAUGAUGAAGAAGAGCCAGAGAAAACAGAAGAAACAGAGGAGGCAGAAUCUGCUGAUGUUGAAGAAGAAGUACCUGAAGCAAAUGAGGAAAAACAGACUGAAGAAGAUCCACCUGCUGAGGCUUCAGAAGAGAAACAAGAAGACGAUCAGAAUAAAGACGAUGAUGUAAAGAAAGAUGAAACUAAUGUUGACAAACAAGAUGGUAAAACAGAUGAUGAGAAGAAAGUUGAAAGUGUUGAUGAGAAAGGGGUUGAAGAAGGUAAUAAAGAUACAAAGGUUGAGGAUUCUGGUGUUGCCAAUGAUAAAGAAGAUGAUGAAGACACUAACCAGAAAGAUGAAGAUAAACCAGAGGAUGAAAGAACCGAGGAAAAUACAAAGAAUGAGAAAAUUGACAUCGAGGAAACUGGUGGUAAAGAUGAUAAAACAGAAACUGAGAAGGAAGAAUCUAAAUCUGAAAAAGAGAAACAGGAUGAUGAAAAACCAGACAAAGAUGAAAAAAUAUCUGAAGAACAAUCGGAUGAUAAAGAGGAAGAUGACUCAAAAAGCAGUGUUUCAAAGGAUGGUACUCCAACUGUAAACGGAGAUACAAAAGAACCUGAAGAAGAGGAUGAAGAAUCUCACCAAACCAUGAAGAUGAUGCGAGGCGAGGUCUCCGCUAAGACAACUUAUCAGAGAACAUCCACUGGACCUUUGUCUAUCUCAGAGGUCUGUCCAGAGGGGAAAUUUAUCAGCCUGGAAAACACCUCCAGUGGGGCCAACAGAAGGGAAGUUAACAUGGAUGGUUGGAAGCUGAAGAGAACAGUUGACGGCAAGAGAGAUUACAUCUACACAUUUAGAAACUUUACUCUUAAACCUGGCAAGGUUGUUAAGAUCUACUCCCGUGGUAGCGCUGCUGAUGCCAGUGUCAAUGACUUGGUAUACAGAGAUGAUGACACCUGGGGCAUCGGAUCACAGGUCACCACCGUCCUUCUGAACGAAAGUGGAGAGGAGAAGGCAACACACACACAAAAGACACUCUACAAUUAAGUGGAACUAGAAUUCAACUACUGCAAUGCUUUAAAACGGCUUUCUGCUUCUGUGUCUAUGGACAAAAAAAUUCUUACCAGUUUUAUAUAUAUUGUAUUGUAAACGCUUUAAUUGUUUGAUAAAAUUCUUUUGUACAGUGGUUGUGAAUGUAGUGUAAUAUAGUUGUCUUCCAUGGACAAGAAACUCAUUAUCAUUAUUCCAGCCUUUUUAUCAAUUUUUUUUAAGUUUAUGAUUUUUUUAUCGUAUAUAUGACACCAGUGAAAGGCGUGAAUUUGUAUGUUAUUUAUGAUAUUAAAUUAUUGAUUUUAUAUAUAUUUUAUUUGAUAUGCUGAGAGUGUCUUUCCAAUACUUAAUUUUCUUUAGCGUUUAGUAUGAAGUAAACGCUUUCCUUCUUUCGAUUUUUGGAGGGGCAUGCGCAGUAUAUGACCUGUGUGAACAUCGUGCACUACAAGUUUAUAUUAAACAUGAUCUUUCAAUUUCUUUGCCACUGCUUGUAAACGGUAGAAUACAGAAUGUUAGGUCCUCGCUGCCUGUUACUUGCCGAAUUCUUCAGUAAUAAAAAUAUUUAAACACAUACAA